AAAUAUUCAAAAUAUAACCUUUUUAAAUUCUGUCAAAUUCAAAAUCUUCUUAUUCCUCGUCGAAAAGUUCCAUAAUGCUUAAUAAACAAUAGCAACAUUUACAGAAGUUUUUUAUCUUCGGUUAGCUCUUUACGCGCACGGUAGAUUUCUCCAGGGCUGCGCGCCAACUCGUUUCUCUUAACAUAGAAACUUAACUUGCUGAAACGACCCGCGCUGAUUUUACCCGCCGGUAUUAUGUACUUCCUAUCUAGUUCUGAACAUAUAGUUCGUACACUAGUAAUAGCGCUUUGAAUAUCCUUAUGUAAACCUAAAGUAACCUUGCAAGUUUGCCGAAUAAGCUGAAGAAAUCAGUGUCAAUAGCUAAAACGAAGCUUCUCCUCCAUCGUUUGGCCGCAAAACUGGUUGGUGUCUCAACAACUCCACAAGCUUUUCCCUACUGGGCUACCGGUGACGAUGAGGGUAUCGCUCAGGACUUCUGUGUAAUUAAAUCCGUCUAUGGUGACUUGUACAUGUUCCUCUCGUUCUUUGCAUCAGUUAAAUUGGAGAUACGUUUGUUCCGCUAAAAUUUCGAAAUAGGAAUAGCGCAUCUGAGGUGUUCCACUGAACGUAUGCUAAUCUGUGGCAAGCAUCCGUCUGGAUGGGUGGCCUUGAACGGCAACACGGACAAGCCCAGCCAAUAAAGCACUGUCUAGUUGCUGCGACUGCUAAAACAGCCAUUCAGUGUUAGUGCUACUACUUUCGCUUGUACGACUGUGCGGUUGACUAUUACCGAUAGCCCAUUGUGUUGCAAUGUUAUUACGGUUACGAAGGCCAAUCGAGCAGUUCAAUAUAACGGACAGAAGAAACAAUUCAAGUGAGCGUAUUCCUCAAAUGCGGAUAUAUUCUCGUUAAAUGAAAAUGCCGAGCUGGGGACUUUGGGCCCACAUAGUUCAGUGCCACAAUCAGUGUUGUCCCAGUGAAUUCUCAAAACUAUUAGGAUUCUAGGGCUCCUCUUCUCAUUCGCGUACGCUACAAACACACUCACACAACUUGGAUAACUUGUUAUCGAUAGGUGGUUUAGAAUCGUUGCGUUAAGCAGAAACAGCUUGGUCCCCUCACCAUCAUAAAGCGAACACAACCAUGAAGAAGCAUUUGCUCAAGGAUUCUAAGAUGAUUGGACUUUCGAUAGACGAAUUCGUCUGACGUUUGCGCUCUGUUUGUGUGAGUCUGUAAUUGCUCCAUCAGUUAAUCAAUUGACAAUAUAAUAAGCCAGCACUAAUUUUGCUUAGGAUCGAAGGAAAGCAGCUAUGAUCUGUAAUACGGUUGUUAUACAGACGUGUGGACAAAAUGCUGGUCGACGAAAAUAAAGACGAUUAGCAUCGUCAGUGGAUCUAUGAUGGAUUUAAUCGUAUUUAAUCGAGUGUACUUACUUACACCGUGACAAACAGAGCUGUAGUUUUGUAGUGUUUUUACUUGUUUCAUAGAAAUCGAAUGAAUUAAUCCAGGUGUUGAAGGUUCAGCUAUUGUAAUCUUCACUUACCAUAUCUUGAAAAACGGGGCAUAUAGGAGAAUGUUAUUGAUAGUCUACAGUUUCAGUCUCGAUGGACGUCUAGUAAGAGUCCGCUAGCCGCACCUGUCGCUAAUAAGAGUUUCUGUUGUAUCGCUCUGCUGCUGACUUAUACGAGCAAUUUCGCAGUUCAGUCGAUUAAACAUCUUUCAAUCUGUUUAGUUCGUUUAAAGAAAGCGAGGUUCAUUUUAUUCGGAGAGUCAUAACCUAUUAUUAAUAAUGAGUGUAUGCCAAUGAAUGUAUCAUUUUAAGGUAUGUCAAUUUUAGUCUGUAAGUGUUAUUAUUACAGUAUCAACUUGUCGUAAUUGUUACUCAUGUAAUAACGUCUUAUUUGUUAAAUCAAGCUGAUCGCGGAUUUUAUAUCCCGUUGUCCUUAAGAAAAUAUGCUUUGUGGGGAUCGUGCAUACGCCCCACCGAACGACAACUGAUUUGUGUUUUUCCUAUAGAAAAUAUUUGAACCACUUAUGACUUCUCAUUUGUUUCGCACAGGAAUACGCAUGGUAUAUGUGACACAUAACGUACGUUGUGUCACCAAAUUACGAAAAAGAAAUAUUGAUAAUUACAUAUCGAUCUUUUUUAUUUCAUAAUUAGCCGAUGACGGCUGUUGAGCGGCUGCUACUGAGUGGGAACGCCCGAGUGGUCUCCAACGUUUUCUCGCUACUUAUCGCGCAUUGAAUCACUUCUCACUUCGUAGGCUACUGUCCUCAGUCGUCGGCCCAACAGAGCAGCCACCUCCGGCUCUACAGCAUCUAGUAGAUGACAACUGAAAUAAAUGCUACUCGCGCGGACUGACGACAAUCGUCGAAGGAAAGAUUUCCCAACACCAUCUUUUAUGAGAAGUAGUAACUUCACGCAGCAAGCAAAAGUGAACAGUACGAUGUCACAUAAAACGGUCAUGGAAAACGAUAUUGUUAGUUUCUUUGGAGGUGGUGAUGACGACAGCAACUCAUCGUGCUCCGACUCAGACGAAGUUUACAGCGGGGGUUCCUCCGCCUCAUCAUCAUCAUCUGGAUCGCCUCCGUGUACACCGCCGUCAUCAGGGCAUCACGGAAGACAUCACCUCGCAGGCAUUAAGAAUCGGAUGUCUCAGAUGCAAGAAAUGGCUGACCAGAACCAUAAACAGAAACUACUUCGGCAACACCAGCAUAUGAUCGUGGACGCAACGACCAAUUCAAAAGAGCGUUACCUGAUCCCGGAGCCGUCUGACGGCAAUGUUGAGUAUAAACUUAAACUAGUCGAGCCAUCGGAAAGUCGCUUCGAGCAUCUGGUAACGCAAAUGAAGUGGCGUCUACGCGAAGGCCAGGGUGAAGCUAUCUACGAAAUUGGUGUUGAAGAUGGUGGAUUAGUGGUCGGUCUAAGUCCUACCGAACUGCAGGCUUCUCUAAGUACCCUCUAUCGGAUGGCGGCCAAACUGAAUGCGGCAGUGAGUAUUGCCGACGAGCGUGUAAUAAUGGGGGAAAGAAAAUCGGUUGAGGUUCGCAUUAGAAAAGUACCUGAGAACCAGCGUACGAUUGAGCUUCGAGUUGCUGUCCUUGGUCACGUUCAUGCGGGCAAAUCGACCCUACUUGGGGUACUGACUCAAGGUGAACUAGAUAGUGGUCGAGGGUUGGCACGCCUAAACCUGUUUCGUCACCUGCACGAGAUUCAAACGGGACAUACGUCAAGUAUAUCGAGGGAAAUACUCGGCUUUGAUUCGGGUGGAAAGCCACUAACAUACGGGCAAUAUCGAACAGCCGAGGAGAUAUGCGAUAACUCGUCAAAGGUCAUCACGUUUAUCGAUCUUGCCGGUCAUCAAAAAUUCCUGAAAACAACGCUUUUUGGUCUGACGGGUCACUCACCACAUUAUGCUCUAUUAGUCGUUUCGGCUGUAUGCGGGCUCAUCGGCACCGCACAAGACCAUCUGCUUCUUCUUAUGGCUUUGAAGGUUCCCAUUCUCGUCGUAAUUAACAAGGUCGACGCGGUUAGUACCGACACCCUACUAAACACUCUGGCGCAGGUUGAGGAAAUGCUUCACAAAUGCGGAAAACAACCCAUCGAAAUUCUGGAAGAGGACGAUAUCCUUCCCGCGGUACAGCAGCUCGGUUCAGAUCGAGUGUGCCCACUCUUUAUGGUCAGCUGCGUGAAUGGAACCAGACUGAACCUGCUGUACGCAUUUCUUAAUGUUUUACCAGCCAGGUACACCGUAGAGGAACGUGAGGACCUCAUGCAAUUGUCCACAUUUUUUCAGAUCGAUGAGACCUUCGACGUGCCGGAUGUCGGCCUAGUCGCAGCUGGCCUUCUAACAAAAGGUCUUAUUCGAGAGAGCGACGUCCUUCUAGCUGGUCCUGAUCAUACAGGGGAAUUCCAACGGGUUAGGGUCGCAUCCCUGCAUUGGAAUCGCGUCGCAUGCAGUGUAGUUCGCGCGGGAGAAAGCGCCACCCUUGCUCUGGAUGUAGAGCGGCCACAGGCCAUUCGUAAAGGAACAGUGCUUUGCGCACCAAGCGCUAAGCCUGUGGCCGGGAGGUUGUUUCAGGCACACGUGCAGGUACUUAGCUGUGACGGCGAUGAGCCCAUACGAGUCGGAUUCCAUGCCACAGUUCAAGUGGGUAACGUCCAGCAGAGUGCGGUGGUAGCAGGAAGCGUUGAAGGUAGGACCGAGAUGCGGCAAAAUGAUACAGGACACAUUUGGUUCCGAUUUGUGAAACAGCCUGAGUGCAUCAGUCCAGGCACGAGACUCGUAUUUCACCGAAACGGUACCCGUGGCAUCGGGGUGUUGGAGAAAAUGUUUCCGUUAACUCCAAUGGAAACUGAAGUUGACCUCGAUUCCGAGGAAUAAAGCCACAGAAAAUGAAAUGUAAAAUGGGGAGUCUGCGUGUAUGACAUAUUGUGUACAAACCACAGGCCAAAAUAUCACGAAGUUAGUCAUGUUACAAAAAAAUCGGCGAACAUCUGUGACGACGUGGGUCGAUCACCGGACGUUGUACGUGCGAAUGUAGUGGAUGUAUAUAAACCUGCACACAAAAGUGUGCAGACAAUAAGACUGCACAGGCCUAACUCCAUUAAGCAGUGAGGGGCAAGGGCAGUUGGCUGAAUAAUGUGAACGAGACCUAAGAUAUUAAUAUUGUAUGUUACCCUAAAUACUUUAAAGUUGAAUGGUACCAGUAACCAUCAAAUGGGUUAGGGUUUUGAGAACACACUGGACUCAAACCGCAAAAUUCACCAUAGUAUUGCGAUAACGACAAAAGAAGAAACGAGGUCAUUUAUGAAGUGAUGCAAUUUUUGGUUAACGUCUGUAGUAGUUUUUUAAAUGAUGAUUGUAGGACAUGAAGUGUAUAAAGUUAUGCAAAAGAAUAAAGGAACUAUGUACAUGAUCUGUGAAAAAAAUUGUACAGAAACAAAUACCCAAAAAGUAAUAGGAAGCCUAAUUUACAUACUGAACUUUAUAUAGGCAUGACAGGUGAAAACUUGUUUAAACUAUCCAGUUCUAGUUAUAAAAAUAAGCAUGAUGGAGCAAGAUUGUCAUAACCUCUCCCGAACGACUAUAUUUCAUCUAUCUCAGCUCAAGUAAAGUGAUGGGGGGUUGUGGUUUUAGACACAAUCGAUUCUCAACACUUUGCGGGUUCGAAGUAAUUUUAUAGGCCAACGAGGCAUAUCGCCCCUUAUCGGAACAUUAUGUGUACAUAGUUUAACUGGAUUCAUUAUGACGAUGACCGGGAGGUAUGACACACUACCAGUUAGAACUUUGAACCUAGAUCCCGAGUGUACCUUAAAGCGCUGCAUAGAACAGGAAUCCUUUUUAAAGCUAGCAUUUUAGCGAAAGUUUACUAGAGGAAUAAAUCUUUUUCCUUAAAAUAUAUAUAUAUAUACACUUUGUACCGUAUUUUCUCUUCCUGUAUUUAAAAUGCAAGAGUCGAAACACCAUUCUGAGUUGAUAGCAAAACUCCGACACAAUGCAUACCUAAUAUCGUACUUUUUUGCGUUUCUGUGUUAUGGAUGUAUUUCUCUAUCCAGUUUUUUGUUUGCAUAACGAAUGAAUGUGGUUCCAAAGCAAUACUAACUCACCUUAUGGAUAGGUAUGUCAUUCUGCCUAACGUGGAUUGUGCGCUUUAUAAUGACUCUGUGUAAUUUUUGUCGCCAAGUCAAUCUGACUUUUUUCCUGCUAAAAAUAAGCAAUAUAUCGGCUAAAUUAUGCGAAAGCAGGCGUAGGUCGGAAACAAGGCCAGCUUUCCAUUUUUUGUUUUCCAUUAACACCGAAUAUCCCGAAAAGAUCCGUGUGUGCGAAAGUUGUACAACUGAUCAGCAUGCAGCUAGAAUGAACGAUAAGAGAUACAUCUAUAUAAAGAAAAAAUCGUUCUGCUAUGAAACAAUGUAACGAAUAACUAAUAAUCCAAAAUGAAUAUGAAAAAUGACGAAAAUUAGGUUAUUUUGACGAGCUUUUGAAAUGAGGUAAGUAUAACAUGACCUGUACAUAUGAGAUUAAUUUAUAAAACGUAAAAAAAGAA